AUGUUUAAAAAUGUACCAUAUGCCAAGCCACCAACCGGCAACUUGAGAUUCAGUUUAGCAGAAUUCACAGAUCCUUGGCAAAAUGUCAGGAAUGCUAGAGAAUACAGUCCAGCAUGCAUGAGCAAUGCUUCUGUGGAGACUAAGACAAAUCACCUACCGAUGAGUGAAGAUUGUCUGUACAUCAAUUUCUUCACUAGUGAGAAGUGUUUGGUUUCAAAAAAUUGCACCACACUUCUUUACUAUCAUGGUGGAGGCAUCAACUCCGGAUCUGCUAUCCAGUUCAAUGACACUUUCAUUUUGAAGAGAUACGUUCAGAAUGAUAUCGUUUUUGUAAUUCCUGCAUAUCGAAUGGGCAUAUUUGGACUUCUCUAUUUUGGCGACGACAACGUGGUUCCUCACAAUCUUGGAAUUCGUGACUGCAAACUCGCUCUUGACUUCAUCCACCAAGAGAUUUCAAACUUUGGAGGCAACCCAAAUGACAUAAAUCUUCUCGGACACUCAGCCGGUGGUCAUAUCUCAAUGGUUUUUGGAUUUAGUCGAUUGAUUGACCCAGCUCGCCGUCUCAUAAAGAGAAUUACAGUUAUCAGCCCGCCACCAACAUACGACAUGCCCGAAUUACUUAUCAAGAAUUGUUAUGAUUUCGCUCGGAGAGUCGGGUGUUAUACACCUAACACCGCUAGUGACCAAGAAAUGAUAAAGUGUUUGAGAGCGAAGGAUGCUCGGGAAUUGAUACUGGUGCAAAGAGAAAUGGAAGCGGAUUUAUUAUACAUGUGGAACUUUUUGCCAGGAGAACCAUUCAUGAAACUGGGUCAGAGUAUAGCAGAUUUCAAGGAAAAUUCUGUGCCACGCGAAAUGAUAAUUGGAAGUACUAUUAAUGAAAAUGGAUUUGAUCGUAGAAUCAAAGAAAAUCCAUCAAUUGCCGGGAAUUUUAUGGAUUGGGAGAAUCCGUAUGAAGUGGCGCAUAGAUUUAAUUUUAUCCAUGAUAGUGCUCCAGGUGAGUUGAAAGAAUCUAAUUUCCAAAAAAAAAGUAGUUUUCUUUUUCAGCAGGCACAAUUCAUGAGUCAUUUACCCAAGGGAUAUUUGUGUCCGUUGCUACUUAUGCAACUGCUCAAAUCAAUGUUGGCGGAAGAGUGUUUCUGUUUCAGUCCAACCAGAAUUUGUCUGAAUAUAUUCAAAAUUUUCAGUCAACAGCCAUCUAGUCAUGUAUCCGAUAUGCAAUAUUUUGUGGGGACUCAUAGAGAAGACUAUCAUACACCUGAUAUGGAUAUUAUGGACACAUUUUACUCAAAAAUGAUAGUGAAUUUUACGAAACAUGGGGAGCCGUCUCCAGUUUGGGAACCUCUCGACCCAAAAAGAAUGAACUAUUAUGCUCUCGAAGUGAACACCAAAGAAGGAAUUUAUCCAAAAAUGGAGGAAGGGUUCCAUGAAGCAGAUGUCAACUUUUGGUUCAUCAAUAUGACCGCAUUUGACAGAGAAGUGACAAGACGGAAAAAGUUAUUCAACGAUUCGAUUUGGCCAAGAUAUCCAAUGCACCCGGGUCCCGUAAUUUUCCCGCACCAACCAACUGAAGCAUCACCAUUCUACUACGACGUCUCAUCGAAGUGGUGGUUUUAUGUACUUAUCGUCGUGGUGGCAAUGAUUCUCUUUUACAUAAUUUAUCUUUUGAAACGAAGAUUUUUGAAACGUUCUCUAUCGGAAACUUCCCUAUUGCUCAAAUAA